AUGAAUCCAUGCUCCUCUCUUCUGAACUCUGGCUCUGGCUCUGGCUCUGACAUCUACAAUAAUCAAUACGACAAUCGGAAAAUUUGCAAGGAGGCUCCAAUUGUGGUUUUCAAAACCACGUCCGAGAAUAAUGAUCAGCCUACCUUCAUCAGAGUGGAGCAUCAACAACUUUCUCCAAAGAAGGAAAAAGUGUGUCCAAACCCAUUUGUAAACCAACCUAGACCACCACAUUAUCAAACCAUGUGUAAUUUCGGCCAUGAUCCUUUAUAUAACGGUGUAGAUCAAAUGCAUUUGAACGGUUUGAAAUGCAACCAUCAAAUCAAGGGACGCGCUGUUGUUGUUAUUGCAACCGAGGAUCAUGAAUGCAUCCUUAUAAAUGAUGCGGAGAUUUUUUCCUCAUUUGCCAGAGUGGUGUAUCCUCAUCACAAUUUCGUGGAAUUUUUUGCGGACAACGACCAACUCUCAGGAAGCAAGGACGCUAGCGAUAAUAGCCACGCCAUUGGGGAAAACUGUUUCCCGAUCGCAGAUUCAAUUUCGCCAGCUCCGGAAAAGCCUACUGUGGAUGAAAUAACAAGCCCGUUUCCGCCCUCAAAGUUUCCGCCUGUACAAACGCCCCCUGUUAAGCCAGAAGAGUCGAUUGAAACUCAAACAGCUAGCCUACCACUUGUUGACAAUUCCAGACCCUACGUUCCAUGGUGGAGGUUCUGGGAUCGAGGUAGUUACAGUGUUGUUUCGACCGUCACUGUUACCCAACAAAUGAGUACCCCAAUCUUAUCAAAUUUUACAACUAUUGAGCCUACCCUACAAUUACCUCAACAGUCGAUUGUUCCUCAAAUUAAAGACAUAAAAGGAUCUCAAUGGGUUCAACAUUCAGACGCGGCUAAAACAGUAGAAAUCGAAGAUAUCGCCAUCAAUUCAGCGACAAACAUAAUACCAACCGCCAUCUGUAUGACACCAAGCACGAUGGAACUUUAUGAUGGGCAAGACAAAGAUGAAAAUGAAUAUGAAGAUCAAUCUUCGAUCAAGUUUGCUGAACAACUUUUUGGCGGUAAUUGUGAGCAUGACGUCUCAGACCAAGCUUCGGUAGGCCUUGAUUCUAUUGAUACGAUCUCAGAAACAAGCUCCUCAAUAAAAAUGGUUUCUGGAGCAACUAACCUCGAGGUGGUAUUAAACCGCAUGCCAGAAGCAGAAAAAAAAUUCCUCAUAUCUACCCUUAUCAAUGUAUACAAUUCCAAGAAACUUGCAGACUCGGAUGAUGUUUUGGUUUCAUCAGAGCAUUUUGCAAAGUUUAUUUUUCUUCAAUCUGGCGUCGACGAUGCCUCGAAACUCCGUUCAGAGCUUCAAAGGGGAAUGCUCGAUAUUUUAGAUUCUUGUGAUGAUAGCAGCUCAGUCAGAGCAUGGGGUUCAAUUAAAGCAGCCCUGGAGCAGCUUAUGGAUGUCUACAUUGAUAUUAAACGAAGAAAAUAG